ACACAUGCUCACACACCUCCAAUUUCUGCCUAACUUUGAUGUCGACGGCUCGGCAAAGAAGGAGUGGGGUGAAUGUGUGCGACUGUGAUGCCUUCUUUUGGGGCUCACAAAAAAAGGGUGUGAGAUUUUAAAUGGGAAUAGAGAUUGGUUGAGGUUGAAAAAAAAAUACAUGUGAGGAUAAAUACAUGAAGAGAUAUUCUCCAAGUGUGCAAGGAUGUCCAAUUCCACCACCAAGUUUUACGCGCUGUCUCAAUCCUUCAGCUUCUCUGACAUCAUCGUCAUAGUAACCUACUUCCUUCUCAACCUGGCUGUGGGGAUCUGGUCUUCAUGUCGGGUGAGCAGAAACACAUUGAGUGGCUACUUCCUGGCAGGACGAGACAUGGCCUGGUGGCCGAUUGGGGCUUCCCUGUUUGCCAGUUCAGAGGGCUCGGGUCUGUUUAUCGGUCUGGCCGGGACGGGAGCUGCUGGGGGCAUCGCUGUCGCAGGCUUUGAAUGGAAUGCCACUUAUGUGUUGCUGGCUCUGGCCUGGGUGUUCGUUCCUGUCUACAUCUCCUCAGGGAUUGUGACAAUGCCCGAGUACCUGGGCCGGCGUUUCGGAGGCGAGAGGAUUCGAACCUACCUGGCUGUCCUCUCACUGCUUCUGUCAGUCUUCACAAAGAUAUCAACUGACCUCUACUCGGGAGCCCUGUUCGUGCAAGUGUGUCUGGGAUGGAACCUCUACUUGUCCACCGUUCUCAUGCUGGUAGUCACGGCGCUCUACACUAUCGCCGGUGGUCUUGCAGCUGUCAUCUACACCGACACGCUACAAACACUGGUGAUGAUUGUAGGGGCAAUUAUUCUCACAAUUACGGCUUUCAACAAGAUCGGCGGCUACAGUAACCUGGAGAAAGUGUACAGCAUGGCAGUGCCGAGCAAGAUCAUACCCAACAGUACCUGCCACCUGCCUCGACAAGACGCCAUGCAUCUGUUCCGAGACGCUGUCACGGGAGACUUGCCUUGGCCUGGCAUGACGCUCGGGCUCACCAUCCUGGCCACCUGGUACUGGUGCACCGAUCAGGUGAUCGUCCAACGAUCCCUCUCUGCAAAAAACAUGAGCCAUGUGAAGGGAGCGUCCAUCUUGGCUGCGUAUCUCAAGAUGCUGCCCUUCAUCUUCAUCAUCCUCCCGGGCAUGAUCAGCCGCGCUCUCUACCCAGACACGGUGGGAUGCGUGGACCCCGAGGAAUGUGUGCGGGUGUGUGGAGCUGAGGUGGGAUGCUCCAACAUCGCCUUCCCCAAACUCGUCAUUGAGCUCAUGCCAAGCGGCCUGCGUGGGCUCAUGAUAUCCGUGAUGAUGGCCGCUCUGAUGUCAUCACUGACCUCCAUCUUCAACAGCAGCUCCACACUGUUCACCAUGGACAUCUGGAAGAAGCACCGGCCCCGAGCCUCCGAGAGAGAAUUGCUUCUGGUCGGCAGGAUCGUGACGGUGAUCUUAGUGGUGGUGAGCGUGGUGUGGAUCCCCAUUUUGCAGUCCGCCAACAGUGGCCAGCUGUACGUUUACAUUCAGUCGGUGACCAGCUACCUGGCGCCGCCCGUCACGGCCGUCUUCACCCUGGCUGUCUUCUGGAAGAGAACCAACGAGCAGGGUGCAUUCUGGGGCCUUAUGGUGGGUUUGGUGGUGGGGGUAUGCAGGAUGGUGCUGGAGUUUGCCUUCCCCCCUGCCAGGUGCGGCAUAGUGGAUUUGGCUCCUGCGGUUCUGCGCCGCGUCCACUACCUCCACUUUGCCAUCUUGCUCUGCGGGCUCACCGCCGUGGUGGUCAUUGUGGUGUCGCUGUUGACACCGCCGCCGGGCCGCGAGCAGUUAAAGAACCUGACCUGGUGGACUCUGACAGAGGAGUCUCCCAGAGAAAUCCCUCUUCAGAAAAUGUCCUCUGUUGGUCACCGUAGUUCUCAAGACUCUGAGCCAGCACGUCAGAUGACUUGCGGUCACGGCCUCCGACUGUGCAUCGCAGCAAUUCGCCGCUUGCAGGAGACUCCCCGAGUUCCGAGCGUCCGCGAGAGCGCCUUCUGGUCGAGGUUCUGCUGCGCAAACGCUCUCCUACUGGUCGGCGUGAACAUUUUUCUCUACGCAUACUUCGCUUGAGCUUGAGCUUGAGCGCACAUCCUGCCUCGCCCCGAUUUCGCUGAGCACCAGGCAAUCUUUCCGGCAAGGAACCACAAACUCUGCGGCUCCCACCCUUGUCAGAGAGGGGGAGGGGUUUUGUUUUUGUUCACGAUAUUUCGGGUGCCUUCAAGUAUUUAAGUCCUCAUCAAAGUGACAUUGAUACGGUCGAUAAACUUAAAAUUUAAUCGAAGCUUUUUAUCGGUAAACGGAUUUGGCUUUCUCCAGACCAAGUUUAAUGUUUCAGAACUUUUUGCUCAACUUGCCGUUUUGCAGAAAAGAAGCUGCGGUUUAAAAUUCACUACAGGUAGUGUAGCCAUAAAUGGUCAGAUACAUUUUGAGUUCAUUUGAUAUUUUUGAUUUCAUGUGACCAAUUGAUCAAUGGUGCAAACGGAUGUUCUCAAAGGGAAGUGACCACAGUGGAUAGCCUGUCAAGAGUCAUCAGGAAGUUGCAACAAAGAUACUGGCGGACUGGAAGCAUCACAGAAGUGGACAUCUUCCUUUGAAAGUUGUGGAAAAAGUGCUGAAAUAUUUCAGUUUACAGAAGACCAAAUUAAGUUCACGUGUAAAGGUUAUAGUAAACUUUUGGUACUACCUGAAAUUUUAGCCAAAAGCCGUCAGUUUUUGUGAGUAGUGUAGAUGAGUAGCUAUAGAGUGUUUUCCUAAUGCUGAAAAAAUGACCACCCAAACCUUUUUUUUUUUUCUGUUAACUUUUAUUUGCGUUAAUCAGUCUCAACUUUGGGGAAAAAUUGAUCCAAUGCAUGAUCAAUUUUAGCAACUUCAAAACAUUUUGAUGUUUUAAAAAUGACAUUUUCUGAAUUUAAUUUUUUGUUUUUGUCAUUUGAUUGAUAAUUUGUGUUCCUCUCAAACCAUGAUUUUUAUUUGUUGUUUUGGCAACUAUGAUUAUGAGAAACGAUUUAACUCUGGAUACACAGUAAGAAACUGGAAACAUUAAAUGUGUGGCAAAUUUGAAUUGGGUUUUCUCAUUUUAGGGCAGUGGAGUUGUGGUUAGGAAGUCUACCACCUGAGAUCCUAAUCAGGACAAGCACUAUAAGAGAUGGUCUCAUUUUGAACGCAAAGGGAUGAACUCUUAAUUUUAGGUCUAUUAUGCAUUUUUUUGAAUCAUUUUAUGUUGUAUUCUCUGAUGUAUACAGGGGAGUGAGAGCUAUCAAAAUAGCAGUAGUAAAAUACAAUUCUUUAUACAUAUUUCUUGUAGAAGCUUGAUAAAACGGUGGCAGGACGAAAAACACGCAUUGCAACAUACAGGAUAUUUACUGAAAUAUAUUCUAUUUAAACUAUUAAAGAGUACGUCUGCGACUUGGUCAUCAUAUUAGAUCAUUUGAAAAGUUUAAAGCAUGUGCAAAUACUGCUAACUUCAAUUGCAUGAAAACAAA